AUGGAAUUCGAUGAAUCGAGGAGUGCCUCCAGAAGGAGCGGCAGCAGGAUGAGGUGUGUCUUCCUUAAGCUCGCGGUUAUCUGCGCCCUGUUUUUCCUGCUUCAGAACCCGACCGACCUGCAGAAAAAAGAAUCGCAGAGGAGACUGCUGGCCCAGCAUGAGGCGGAUCAAAGGGAAGAAAAUCUAAACGGGAGCAAGGAGUUGCUAGACAAAAUGUGGAGGAAAGAAAUAAACAAAUGGAAAACAGAUAUGUAUUCAAUAAAUAAAGAGACAUUUUGGGAAUUCAAAAAGAUCUGCCUAAUUAAUAAUGUAGAUUUCAAGUGGGAAAAUGAAAUGUGGGAGAACUUCAGAGGGCAAAUGAGCAAAAAUAUGUACGAAAAGGAACAGAAGGAUUAUGAAGAUUUUUUAACCCUAAAGAGUAAGGAACCAACAGAAAAGGAAAUCAACGAGUUUAUUUUGGAAAAGAGAAAGACCUUUGAUAUAUUUUGCGAAUUUCUUAAAAACGAAAGGGCGUCACUGAUGGACCAUGUCAUCAGGGAGUGGAUGAAGGUGAGAAGUGGCAUUUUAGACAAAAUGGAGCACAAGGUGCAGAAGGUCCGCAAGCUACUAAAGAAGAUGAAGAAGAAGGAGGUCGCCAAGUUGUAUUCGUAGUGGUGUAGCGGGAGAAGCAAUUAAUGCCUAUAAAAAUGAUGAAGGGGGUAAAAGGAGGGUCAAACGGGGGAGGGCAUAACUAUAGCGGUGGAGGAGGGUGCGUACACAAUUUUUGUGGAGAACGACCAGACAAGGAAAAUACCACACUAUUAUACCUGUAUGGGUGAAGGGAACAACACACGUGGAGGAGUUUCUCAUUUUUCCCGUUAUGAUAUAGAGACGCACGAAAGAUGGAGUCCACCCCCCUGAUAUGAAGCAAUUGUACGCCCGAAUUACGGGGAGACUUCCCCAGCGCUUCACACAGAUUGGCAAUACGAACGGGGUGCAACCACUGCAGGCGAGUAGUUAACUCAAAGGGAUGGUCACUAUGCGUAGAGGUGUAAUCAUCCACGUAGAGAAGUUGGAGGACCCCCUUUUUAAAAAAUGGACACGUAUAAGUGUUAAUCACGUAGCAGGUGCGGGAAGAGCAAGCUGUUGGUGUGUAGGACCCACGGGGGGAGG